AUCCUUCUCCUUAUUCCCAUGAUGAGUUCACCAGUGCGGUCCGAUGGGGUGGCUGGACGAGAGCAGCUCUUGGCUCAGCAGAGAAUGCACAGUAUGAUCAGCUCAGUCGAUGUGAAGUCAGAGGUUCCUGUGGGCCUGGAGCCCAUCUCGCCUUUAGACCUAAGAACAGACCUCAGGAUGAUGAUGCCCGUGGUGGACCCUGUUGUCCGUGAGAAGCAACUGCAGCAGGAGUUACUCCUCAUCCAGCAACAGCAGCAGAUCCAGAAGCAGCUUUUGAUCGCGGAGUUUCAGAAGCAGCAUGAGAACUUGACACGGCAGCACCAGGCUCAGCUUCAGGAGCACAUCAAGUUGCAACAGGAACUUCUAGCCAUAAAACAGCAGCAAGAACUGCUAGAAAAGGAGCAGAAACUGGAGCAGCAGAGGCAAGAACAGGAAGUAGAGAGGCAUCGCAGAGAACAGCAGCUUCCUCCUCUCAGAGGCAAAGAUAGAGGACGAGAAAGGGCAGUGGCAAGUACAGAAGUAAAGCAGAAGCUUCAAGAAUUCCUGUUAAGUAAAUCAGCAACAAAAGACACUCCAACUAAUGGAAAAAAUCAUUCCGUGAGCCGCCAUCCCAAGCUCUGGUACACGGCUGCCCACCACACGUCAUUGGAUCAAAGCUCUCCACCCCUGAGUGGAACGCCUCCAUCCUACAAAUACACAUUACCUGGAGCACAAGAUGCAAAGGAUGAUUUCCCCCUUCGAAAAACUGCCUCUGAGCCCAACUUGAAGGUGCGGUCCAGGUUAAAACAGAAAGUGGCAGAGAGGAGAAGCAGCCCCUUACUCAGGCGGAAGGAUGGAAAUGUUGUCACUUCAUUCAAGAAGCGAAUGUUUGAGGUGACAGAAUCUUCAGUCAGUAGCAGUUCCCCAGGAUCUGGUCCCAGUUCACCAAACAAUGGUCCAACUGGAAAUAUUACUGAAAAUGAGACUUCAGUUUUGCCACCUACUCCUCAUGCUGAAAAAAUGGUUUCACAGCAACGCAUUCUAAUUCACGAAGAUUCCAUGAACCUGCUCAGUCUUUAUACCUCUCCCUCUUUGCCCAACAUCACCCUGGGUCUUCCAGCAGUGUCAACCCAGCUCAAUGCUUCAAAUUCACUCAAGGAAAAACAGAAGUGUGAGACCCAGACUCUCAGGCAAGGUGUUCCUCUGCCUGGGCAGUACGGGGGCAGCAUCCCGGCGUCUUCAAGCCAUCCCCAUGUUACUUUGGAGGGAAAGCCCAACAGCAGCCACCAAGCUCUCCUGCAGCAUCUGUUAUUGAAAGAACAAAUGCGACAGCAAAAACUUCUUGUGGCUGGUGGAGUUCCCUUACAUCCUCAGUCUCCCUUGGCAACAAAAGAGAGAAUUUCACCCGGCAUUAGAGGUACCCACAAAUUACCCCGACACAGACCCCUGAAUCGAACCCAGUCUGCACCUUUGCCUCAGAGCACCUUGGCUCAGCUGGUCAUUCAGCAGCAGCACCAGCAGUUCUUGGAGAAGCAGAAGCAAUACCAGCAGCAGAUCCACAUGAACAAGCUGCUUUCGAAAUCUAUUGAACAACUGAAGCAACCAGGCAGUCACCUCGAGGAAGCGGAGGAAGAGCUCCAGGGGGACCAAGCGAUGCAGGAAGACAGAGCGCCCUCUAGUGGCAGCAGCGCUAGGCGCGACAGCAGUGCUUGUGUGGACGACACAGUGGGACAAGCUGGUGCAGUGAAGGUGAAGGAGGAGCCCGUGGACAGUGAUGAAGAUGCUCAGAUCCAGGAAAUGGAAUCUGGGGAGCAGGCUGCUUUUAUGCAACAGCAGUCCUUCUUGGAGCCCCAGCACACACGUGCAGUCUCGGUGCGCCAGGCUCAGCUGGCUGCUGUGGGCAUGGAUGGAUUAGAGAAAGAGCGUCUGGUCUCCAAGACCCACUCCUCCCCCACAGCCUCCGCCUUACCUCACCCAGCAAUGGACCGCCCCCUCCGGCCCGGCUCUGCAACUGGGAUUGCCUAUGACCCUUUGAUGCUGAAACACCAGUGCAUUUGUGGCAAUUCCACCACCCACCCUGAGCAUGCCGGAAGAAUACAGAGCAUCUGGUCACGGCUGCAAGAAACUGGGCUGCUAAAUAAAUGUGAGCGAAUUCAAGGUCGAAAAGCCAGCCUGGAGGAAAUACAGCUUGUUCAUUCCGAACAUCACUCACUGUUGUAUGGCACCAACCCCCUGGACGGACAGAAGCUGGACCCCAGAACACUCCUAGGUGACUCCUCUCAAAAGUUUUUUUCUUCAUUACCAUGUGGUGGACUUGGGGUGGACAGUGACACCAUUUGGAAUGAGCUGCACUCGUCCGGCGCCGCACGCAUGGCUGUUGGCUGUGUCAUCGAGCUGGCUUCCAGAGUGGCCUCCGGAGAGCUGAAGAAUGGAUUUGCUGUGGUGAGGCCCCCAGGCCAUCAUGCUGAGGAAUCCACAGCCAUGGGGUUCUGCUUUUUUAAUUCAGUUGCAAUUACCGCCAAAUACUUGAGAGACCAACUAAAUAUAAGCAAGAUAUUGAUUGUAGAUCUGGAUGUUCACCAUGGAAAUGGUACACAGCAAGCCUUUUAUGCUGACCCCAACAUCCUGUAUGUUUCACUCCAUCGCUAUGAUGAAGGGAACUUUUUCCCUGGCAGUGGAGCCCCAAAUGAGGUUGGAACAGGCCUUGGAGAAGGAUACAAUAUAAAUAUUGCCUGGACAGGUGGCCUUGAUCCCCCCAUGGGAGAUAUUGAGUACCUUGAAGCAUUCAGAACUGUAGUGAAGCCUGUGGCCACAGAGUUUGAUCCAGACAUGGUCCUGGUUUCUGCUGGAUUUGAUGCAUUAGAAGGCCAUGCCCCUCCUCUGGGAGGGUACAAAGUGACAGCAAAAUGCUUUGGUCAUUUGACGAAGCAGUUGAUGACACUGGCUGAUGGACAUGUGGUGUUGGCUCUAGAAGGAGGACAUGAUCUCACAGCCAUCUGCGAUGCAUCAGAAGCCUGUGUAAAUGCCCUUCUAGGAAAUGAGCUGGAGCCACUUGCAGAAGAUGUCCUCCACCAAACUCCAAAUAUGAAUGCCAUCAUUUCUCUACAGAAGAUCAUUGAAAUUCAAAGCCAAUACUGGAAGUCGCUAAGGAUGGCGGCGAUGCCAAGGGGCUGUGCCCUGGCUGGGGCUCAGCUGCAAGAGGAGACAGAGACUGUUUCUGCCCUGGCCUCCCUGACGGUGGAUGUCGAACAGCCCUUUGCUCAAGAAGACAACAGAACUGCUGGUGAGCCUAUGGAAGAGGAGCCAGCCUUGUGAAGGGCCAAGUCCUCCCAGCCCCCACCCCGAUAUUUCCUGUGUGUGACAUCAUUGUGUAUCCCCCCACCACCCCAGCACCUUCAGACAUGUCUUGUCUGCUGCCUGGGUGGCACAGAUUCGAUGGAACAUAAACACUGGGCACAGAAUUCUGAACAGCAGCUUCACUUGUUCUUUGGAUGGACUUGAAAGGGCAUUAAGGAUUCCUUAAAAGUAACCGCUGUGAUUCUAAAGUUACAGUAAACCACGGCUGGAAGAAACUGCUUCCAGCAUGCUUUUAAUAUGCUGGGCAACCCACUCCCAGGCCCAGAGCAUGAACCAGAAACAUGCAACACAGCAUUAGAUACUGUUAAUUACAGAUGCUAUGACAGCCAGUGAAAUUUUGGGCAAAACCUGAGAAAUACUCAUUCCUGACAUUCUGAUCAGUUUUUUAUUGGGUAAUUUUUUGUCAGACAGUCUUAAAUUGUUUACAGGAUUUGCUUUCAGCUAUGAACGGAUAGCAAUUCCCGACAGAUCACGCGGCUUGUUUUGUUUUGUUCUGUUUGUUUUUGGCCUUUGUUUUAACACAUGAUUCAACUCUUGCUAGUAGGAGUCCAACAUGGAGGAACUGAGAUGAGGCUUUUUUCAGGGGAAUAAAACACGCAGUAUCUCAAAGUCCAGUGGCAAAAGAACGUCACACACUGUAUGUACUUUUUUGAGAAGUCAUGCUGCUUCCCUAACAUCCCUUUCUGAGUUCCGGCACAAGAACUCUGCAGUUCGUUUGGGACGAUGGCUCCGUCCCGCCCACCCCCUUCCCCACCCCACUCUACGUCCCGGGCUCUGAGGACAGUAGCUCUGAGCUUAUGUUCCACGGAGUAUUUUCACUGUCUGAAAAGUGUGUGUCUUUUCAGAGGCCAUCUUAAUUUGUUCCAAAUCUAUCAAGAACUUCUCUUACUUUUAUUUUAGUCUUCCAUCACUUCCUUUCUUCUUGCCUUUCAUCCUUCCUUCCUAUAAAAAAAAAAAAAAAAGCUGAGGAUUACCCACAAUCUCCCCAAUUACUCAGGAGCUUUGUGAACUUAGUUUAUUUUUUUUUUACUUCCCAGGUUAACACAGUUGCUUAGUCUGAUGUAUUCUUUUAGCUGUAAAACGAUUGAGGGUAAAUAUGGUUUAAGCAAUGUUACUGUUUUCCAGACCUUUGAAACGUGUUAAUGAAGGCAUUGCCUAUCUGAAGUCACCUAGAAUUGAGUUAGCCUUUAAGUUGUGCCUUCAUGUGAAAAACACACAAUAUAAACUGAACCUUUACACAUGCUGCCUUAGUGUCAGAGGCGAAGAAUAAAGGACAUUUAUUUCUGAGAUUAAAA